CCCGCGCUGAGGGGGCUCGGGCUCCGCGGGAAAUUUCUGGGGGAACGCAAACGACUUUCGGGUUCCCCAUGGAUCCCGAGUCUCCCCCCCGCGAGCUAGAGCUGUCGGCGCUGGAGGCCGAGAAGGAGCCGAUGGCGGCGGCCGAGCCCGGGACCCCCCCUCAGGCUCCCUCUCCCCACCGCGACCCCUCCCCAGCCCCGGAGCAGCUGCUGGGCGUCGAGAAGAACGGGCUGAAGAUGAAGAUCCCCCCGGAGGAGGAGGAGGAGGAGGCGGCUUUGGGGGGCUCGGGGGCUUCGGGCAGCCCCAAAUUCACGGGGCUGGGCAAGGAGGAGCUGCUGAGGGAGGCGGGGACGCCGCUCUGGGCCCGGGCCCGCGUAGUGCUGCUCGUGCUCUUCUGGGGGGGCUGGAUCGGGAUGUUGGGGGCCGCCGCUGCCAUCGUGGCCCAAGCCCCCCGAUGCCAGCCCCUGCCCACCAAAGCCUGGUGGGAGCUCGGGGCUCUCUACAGGGCCCCCCCCAAGGCUUUCGGAGGCGAUCUGAAAGGUGUGGAGAAACGUUUGGGGUACCUGAAGGAGAAGCUGCAGGUGGCGGGGCUGGUGCUGGGCCCCGUGUACCCCGAAAAAUCCUCCAAGGCUGAAAUCCCCUCCCUGAAGGAGCUGGACCCUGCCCUGGGCACCAUGCAGGACUUCAGCGCCCUGGUGCAGGCAGCCAAGGACAAAGGGCUGAAGGUGAUCCUGGACCUGACCCCAAACCCCGCCGGGAAUCCGGUCUGGGGGGAUGCAGCCAAUGACUCUGGGGUGCACCAGCAGGUCCAGGCUGCCCUGAGCCAUUGGCUGAAGGAGGACAUCGCUGGGAUCUUCCUGGAUGGCAUCGAUGAGCUCCCGGUCUCGGUGGUGGCCCGGUGGAGGAACCUGACGGAGCAGCAGCCGAGCUCCAGUGGUGUGGCCAGGGUGCUGGUGGGGGGCACGCGCCAGCCGGACCCCUGGAAGGUGCUCCGGGGGCCGGGGGGGCCGCAGCUGCUCCUGGGGCCCUUCCUGCAGCCCCUGGAGCCCAAAGGCGACUCCGAGUCCCUCGAGGGGGCCCUGAGGAACCUCCUCAACUUCCUCAGCUCCAACUUCUCCUCCUCCGUGGGGCUGGGCUGGAGCGUGGGGUCCCCCUGGGAGGCCUGGGUGAGCCCCAGCCUGAGGCUGCAGCAGCUGCUGCUGCUCUGGGGGCUCCCCGGGACCCCCGUGCUGAGCUACGGCGACGAGCUGGGGCUGCAGCGGCCCCUCAAAAACCAACAGUUGCUGCCGAUGCCGUGGGAAUCCAUCGAGGCGCCGAAAACAGCCGGGAACGGCUCCGAGCCCCCCGAGCUGGAGCUGUGCACGACGCUGGCCGCGCUGCGGGCGCACGAGCGCUCGCUGCUGCUGGGGGAGGCGUCGGUGGUGCCCGCGGGCCCGGCCGUGGCCGUGCUGCGGCGCUGGGACCAGAGCGAGCGCUUCCUGCUGGUGCUCAACCCCGACAGCACCCCCCUGAAACCCUUCUCGGGCAGGAGGGAGCCCAGGGACCCCCGGGAACCCCCCCUGCCCCCCUCGGCCACCCUGAGCUACAGCACGGCCCCGAGGGCGCCCGGGGAGCAGCAGCUGCCGCUGGAGGAGCUCACGGUGGGAGCCCACGAGGGGGUCCUGCUCAGCUUCCCCUACAGCCCCGAGUGACCCCCUGCACCCCAAACCUGCAUUGACACCCCCUGCACCCCAAACCCGCACUGAUCCCCCCCCCCCCCCCACCAGCCUUGCACCCCCUCAUUCUGGGUGGGGUCCCACAAUCAACUCCCUUCACUCAUUUUUGGAUUCUCGUCCUGCUUCUUUCACCCCAAAGUCCUUUUUUUUUUUUUGGGGGUGGGGGGGUCUUCUGUCCUUGAUUCCGUUUUGGGGUUUUUCUUUUGGGGUUUUCUGGGCAUGUUGGGGUUUCCCCCCCCCCCCCAACCACUGAAUAAAUGAACUGCAUUUGUG